AUGACAACCCCCCUCUCCCCCGGCAACGCCUAUUUCACCCAUGUACCCAACAUGCGACUCCCCUCUAUGGAUUUCAUUUAUCGAUUAGAAUGCGAAAUGUCCAAAGACGAACAAAUCAUAGGAAAGUCAUCUGUAGCUCAAGUAUCCAGAGCAAUCUUACCCAUCUCCGGAGGAACAGUUCUGGGUCCAAGGAUCUCAGCUACGAUUCUCAACACUGCUGGAGCGGAUUGGGCGACUACACUGGCGGGUGACAGGUUCUACAAACUCGACGCUCGUUAUACUUUGAAAACCGAUGAUGGUUGCUUGAUCUAUGUGAAAUCAAAAGGAAUAUAUCAUCCAGGCCACGAGCUACAAGAAUCGCCUGAUUCCACGGAAGUCCAUCAAUCCCAAGCCGACUGGUUCACGAGAAUUCAAUUCGAGGCAGGGGCAGGACCAUAUGAAUGGUUGAAUUAUAUCUUUGCAGUGGGAGUUUUCUCCAUGCAUGAGGGGAAAAUUAUCAUUGAUGUGUUCAAAAUGACCAAUUUCCCCGGCGAAGAAUCUCGCUCCAUUAUUGUUGGCUGA